UUUCUUUUGUAUAUCUCAGGAAUUCCUGUGUUUUUAAACCCUCUUUAAUACUGGUUUUCAAAAGGGUAGAAAUUCAGAAGGCGGCCUUUUGAUCUCUCUCUGUGUGUCCCCGAAGAUCACAUCACAAAGAGAUCUCUAAGCACUAAAGAGUAAGCUGUUCUGAACUGACUACUUAGAAGAACCCUGAAGAAAUUAUUUGGGCAUGGGAGUUAUGACAGUUCCAGGCUCUGCUUCCUCAUUUGGUGUUGGAAUAAGAUUCUUAAACCUUCCAUUGCAAAGAAGAACCCUAAGAAAACCUACUUCUUUUCUUGCAUUCAAAGGAUCUCCACAUUCCCAAAAGACCAAGAAAUCCUCGAUUGCUAUUGCACCAGAAUCUUUACCCACUGAUACAAAUGUAAACCAGAGGAAACUCAUAUCACUAACAUCAACUAGGAAAGUCAAACCCAAGAAAACUGUUCAAGCUGUUACCAUGGAUAACACUGCUCCUUGUGCGACUGUUGAUCUUGAUUACAAUGAGGCGGCAGCUGCGCUAGAGAACAUAUACAAGCUCAGCCCUGCCACCAUUUCUGAAGACUCAGACACUGAGGCUACAGGCCAGAAGAAAAGAUGCACUAGAAAGAGAAAGUUAGAGAGAAAUUUUACUGGUUUAGAGGGUGAGGUGACAGAGAAAAGUGAUAGAAGGGUGGUAAGGAGUUUGAGGAGGAAGAGUAAGAGGCUGAGUCUUGAGAAGAGGGUUGCUUUGAGGAGGAGGAGGAGGAGGGAUAAGAGUUGCAGUGAUGAAGGGAAAGGUGAACUAUACAGUGAGGAUGUUGAGAGUCUAGUGAAAGGAUAUUCUGUUGCUACUGAUUUGGUAAGCUUGGAUUGGAAGAAGAUGAAGAUACCGCCUGUUCUGCCUUCUUCUCAACAUGCCUGGUUGUUCAAGUUGAUGCAGCCCCUGAAGGCAAUUCUGAAGGUUAAAGAAGAUCUGACAAUGGAUUUGGGAAGGGAAGCUAUAGAAGGGGAAGUUGCAGCUGCCACAAACAUGUGUGUAGCAGAAAUGCGGAGACAUGUGGAGGUGGGCCAAGCUGCCAGAAAUAAGCUCAUCAAGGUCCUCCUCUCUUUCCAUAUCAUUCCAUGUACACAUGUUAAGUUAUAUAACAAAUACUGCACAUGUCAUGGCUGGUUUUGCUUAUUUUAUGAGGUGGAAUCUUCCCCUCAUGCACUUGUGUUAAAACUAAAUUACAAAUACUUAUUGGAGAAAAAGCCAUUGUUUCCCAUGUCUCUCUUGAAUUCAACACAAACUGCUUCUCAAAUGUGUCUAAUGGUCAGGCAGGUGAUUCAAAGAGCAAAGCUGGAAUUUCUGUUUGAACAUGGAUGGUUACCAACUGAUGAAGAGAUCAUGGAAAAAGUGGGUAUUUCUGAGGAGAAGUAUCAUGAUGUUCUUCGGGCCUCAAAACCAGUUUUCUCCCUCAAUGCAAAGCAUGUCACAACUCAGGAGGAGCUGGUGAAUGGUGUCAUGGACAUGGAUGGUGUCACUGGUGAUAAGCGUAAGCCUGCUGCCCUUCUCAGGCUAGCCUUGGAUGAUGUGUUAGAUUCGUUGAAGCCCAAGGAGAGCUUAGUAAUCAGGCAGAGAUAUGGGCUUGAUGGCAAAGGAGAUAGAACUCUCAGUGAGAUUGCUGGUAAUUUGAAUAUCUCUAGAGAGAUGGUCAGAAAACAUGAAGUGAAGGCGUUGAUGAAGCUCAAACAUCCUGCACGUGUCGAUUAUCUUCGCAGAUACAUUGUAUAAAGGGUAAUGCAGAGAACAUCGUCUAGUAGUGCUGUCACUUUCGAAAUGCAAUCUUCUUCAGCCUCUUAUCCUCUUUUUGUAAAGUACUUGUAACAUAAAGAAGUAUACUCCGAAUGCAUAUACAUUUGUAGCUCAUAAUUGGUAAUUGGGGUGUACGGAAAAAUAUAGUGCAAAAAUUCUUCAGCAUGUAUUCUUGACUGAAAUAUUCAUAGGAAUGUAUAUGAAUAUAUAUACAUUUGUAGCUUGGAAUUGGUCAUUUGGGGUGCAAGGAAAAAUAUAGUGUAAAAUUCUAUA